AUGCGAGGUAAGACUCACAUUGCGAGGGAGCUCAAGCGGUACAUUGAGUUCUUCCACGGCGCUCGGGCAGAGAUCUUCUCAGUAACCGAGUACAUGGGUCCCGAUGGUGAGGACAAGCUAUACGAAGCGCUAAGCAGCUUCUUCGACGUGACGAACUCGCCAAUUUCGGACCCCUACGACUUCGAUCAGUGUGGGGUCGAGGGUGUCGGCGGCUUUGCCAUCAUUCUCUCCAGCGACACGGUCCAAUCUACGAAGUCAAUGUGGAGUGCCCACACGAAGUGGCAUCGGAAAUGGAUGGCUCGGAAGCUAGAGGAUGAGCUGCAGGCAGAGGUCUGCUUCAUCCAAAUCUCGGUUGACAGCCCGAAAGGUGAAAAGUACUUGUCAGACCUUGCGGCCUACCGCGGCAUGACCCUGGAAGAGAGCAGGGACCUGAUUGCAGAGUACCAGGACCAUUAUGUGCCCAUCCAGAUGGACCAGUCUGAAGACCAGACUCCUUUCAUCCAUCUCAUGAACUACAACCAGAAGAUGGUCGUGAACAAGAUGAUGCGUUCGUUUGUUGGAUCGCAGGUUUGCCACUUCCUGUCGAACCUGCACCCUUUCCAACACACAGUCUACCUUGCCAGACACGGAGAAAGUGAUUUCAAUGUUGAAAUGCGCAUUGGCGGUGACUCCGGUCUCUCGCGGCGGGGUGAGGAGUUUGCGCGGCGAACAGCCGAAUUUGUGAAGUAUGUGGUCUGUGGGCAUGCGAAUGACUUGGUGUGCGUCACCUUGACGGCCAAAGAUGUCCCGAAGCUCCGCGACUGGAUCAUCGAGCUCAAGAGGAACAUCGUCGCCACCAGAGACUGGGCGGAUUUUGGAGAUGCAAGUGGCGGCGUCGUGCGAAGGUUCAUGCAGCUCAAGAGGAUGCAGAUCGGCUGGGCCGCGGACUUCGAGGACACUCCCAGCACCGUGCAGGAUCUCUUGCGGAGGCUAGAUGGGGCCAAGGUGGUGACGCUGGUUUUCGUUGGCGGGGACACAUCUGGGGCCGGAACUGUGCCUGGGCGGCUGUGGACGUCUUCCUUGCGCCGCACCAUCGAGACGGCUCAGUUUAUCGAACACCCCAUCCUGCCAGCAGGUUUGAUGACUGACGGCAAGCCGUACUACCAGAUGAGAGGGCGACAGUUCAGGAACAUGGACGAGGUUUAUGCUGGUGAGUAUGAUGGUCUUACAGAGGAGGAGAUCACGAAAAGAGCCCCAAAUGUCAUUUCCGAUCGAAAGCGGGACAAGCUUGGCUUCAGGUAUCCCCGUGGCGAAUCUUACUACGACAUCAUUGCGCGGCUCGAGUCCGUGAUGUCGCAUUUGGAGCGCAUCCAACAGCCCAUCCUGAUCAUCUCGCACCAGGCAGUCCUUCGGCUGAUGUACGGCUGGCUGAUGCACAAGACUCGAGAGGACUCCGUGGAAACCCAGGUGCCGCAGCACGAAGUGGUAAGAAUCUGCUUCGACGGUCUGGGUGGCGGGCCUGUUGAGACGCGAUUUCCAUUAGGGCCCACGCAUUUGACCGACGAUGGGCAGUCGAACCUGUAA